AUGGAGAAGCGGACGCUUCUACAUUUUGUUAAAAAUUCUGUUAAAUAUUAUGACGAUUGUGCAUCAAUUCUUGGUCAUAUGAUUAUGCGUAAAUUUGCAUCACAGUUGUCCAUUCCAUAUUCUUUAGUUUCUCAACCAGAAGACGAACCUUUCGUACCAACUGUUUAUGGUACACGAAUGGAAUUGAGAUGUGUAAUUGCUGUUAUAAGACAUGGAGACAGAACGCCAAAACAAAAAAUGAAAAUGCCUGUUUUACAUCCACUGUAUAUAUGUUCUACUGGUCAAAAAUAUAAUGGCCACAAAAAAGGCCAGUUGAAAAUAAAACGACCUGGUGAAUUACAGGAAGUACUCGACAUAACGAGAACAUUACUAAAGGAAUUAAAUGAAAAAAAUAUUGAUAAAUUUCCAAAUUCACUCGAAACUAAAUCAAAACUUGUUCAAUUGCGAAUGGUACUCGAAAUGUAUGGUCAUUUUUCAGGAAUUAAUAGGAAAGUUCAAUUUAAAUAUCAGUCGAAAAGUUUACCGACAAAAGCAAGCAGCGAAGAAGCCGAUAAGACUGAUACACCACCACAACCAUCUCUAUUAUUAAUUAUUAAAUGGGGAGGUCAGUUAACAGUAGAUGGUAAACAACAAGCGGAAAAGUUGGGUGAAGAUUUUCGAAAAAUGUAUCCUGGUGGUACAAGUCAAUUAUCAAUAGGUGGUUCAAAUGUGGGUUUGUUAAGAUUACAUAGUACAUUUAGACAUGAUUUAAAAAUUUAUGCAUCGGAUGAAGGGCGAGUGCAAAUGACGGCUGCAGCAUUCACUAAAGGUCUGUUAGCGUUAGAUGGAGAAUUACCCCCUAUUCUAGUUCAAAUGGUUAAAUCUGCGAACACAAAUGGCCUGUUAGACUACGAUGCUGAAUCAACUAAAAGACAGACCAGAGUUAAAGAAGCAUUACAGGAUUUAUUAUCAAGAGAUCGUGACUUUACUGAUGCAGAUUACGAGAAGGUAUAUAAAAUAUAUUUUACUGUGAUUUUCGGCAUUAUUUAGUCAAAAUUUAACUUGAAAAAUUGUCAAAAAUGUGCCACAUUUUCUUUGUAUUUGGCAUACCACUGAGACUUUUCUUCUUUUAUGAUUAUGAGGAGUCUAGUCGAAUAAGUCCGAGAUAAAAAAAUUUCUUUUCAACUAGUAACAGUUUGAGAAAACUAUCAAUUUUUGGUUGAGUUUUGAUAAUUUUUCGUUUCUUUCUCCGUUUUGGAACCCAGACCGCUGAAAAUUGUGAACAGCGUCGCAGACUAAAAUCACAUAGCCUCAGCCACCCAAGAAUCAAAAAAAAAUCUAGUAUCGUCCGAUUCAUCUAGAUUACUAGGUUUUUACUCGAUUGCAACUACUGUGUAAUGACAGUGGAAAUCUAGUAAUUGGGCGAUUACUAGAUUUUUUCUAGUUGCAACUAUCGAUUUAUCACCCGAUAAUCGAUCGAUUUAACUAUUGCUAGUUACACACGCAGACGCAUCUAGUUAAAAGUCCCUAUUCCAACUAGUAAUCUAGAUGGCUAUCUAGAUGAUAUAUAAAAGAACGAUUUCCUCUUCAGGAAAUGUAUUUUUCAUGUAGUGACUAUCUCAUCAUGUCUUUUAUAUCAUAUCAUGUUUUUCUGUUAUGUUAUCUUUUCUAUAGUAUCUUACAUAUCUUUCUCGGUUAUAUAGACACAGGCUUGUAUUUGUAUGACGUGU